AAUAGAUUGUGUUUGCUUUGUACUGCAGAGGUAGGAUCCUACAGCAUUGUACACAGGAAGAGCUGUUGUGCUACAACUUUUUGAGCAGGCAAAUGCCUUAGGAGGAUAAUGGUGGUCAACCUUUGUCAGCCACCUUUUCAGACCACUGUUCAGUGCAAUAAGCUGUGUGCUGAUGGCUAUGACGUCUCCAACCUUGUGUCGGAGGACCCUGCCCUCCGUCGGCGUGGCUUCAAAUUGGAGUACUUCCUGCGGCCACCUGUACAGGUGACGCUUGACUUCCGCUGGCAGGUGGAGGUGUGUGGCGUGGAUGUGGAGCUGUGGCCGGGUGGGAUGGACCAGAAUGGCGCCUCCCGCAGGCUGGAGGUCCACAGCAGCUCGGAUGCCAACGCUGACGCCACCCAGGGCCACUUUCUCCAGGUGGGCCGGUGUGAGAUGCGGGAUGGGGUGCUGGUGUGCUUCCGUGCCCCCCGGUUUCGCCCUCGCGCCCCCUUCCCCCAUCUGCCCCCGGCACCUUCUGACGGGGCCACGCAGUCUGACCUCUGGAGUCGGGGGCCGCAGUCCCUGGGCAGUGUCGCCCGGCUGCGCCUGACUAUUCCGUUCAGCAGCGCAGGCACGCAGCUCGGGUUCAAAGCACUGUCUGUGUGGGGGCUCCCGGCCCGCUCCAGUUCCCCUGAAGCCCUGGAGGAGUUCCAGAGGGCCUAUCGCCACUCCUUAGCCCCCACAAAACCACUCAUGCCCACCGGACCACCUGCCCCUGCCUCCACCAACACCCCAAAGCCCGCCACCCAUUCGGACCUGGAUGAAGCCGUUCCUGAGGAGUUCCUGGACCCCCUGACCCAGGAGCUGAUGGUUCUGCCCAUGGUGCUGCCCAGUGGGGCGGUGGUGGACAUCAGCUCCCUGGAGGAGUACCAGCGCCGUGAGGCCACCUGGGGACGCUCACCCAGCGACCCCUUCACCGGCGUGCCCUUCAGCUCGGACUCCAAGCCCCUGCCAUGUCCACUUUUGAAAUGCCGUAUUGAUCAGAUGGUCCUCCGGAAAGGGGGACGGCCAGGCGUCUGUGGGGGCAAGGAAGGGGCCACCACCCUGGGCCCGCAGGCCUCCAGGCUCAUCCCUCAGACUCCCAAACAACCACAGACGCCCACGUUACCCAACAGUUUACUUACCUCACACACCCAGCCGGGCUGUGCUACAAGCAAUGGUGCUGUGGACUGCCACACAUCCUCCUCAAGUGAUGGACCACCCAGUAACCAGGGCCUGGGUGAGGGGAUGACUCCAGCAGGAGGAGGGGAGAGUUCGGUCCUGAGGAGAAAGAGAGGGCUGGAUGCUUCUAAUCCAGACCUGGACAAACAGAUGGAUUGUGCAGUAGCUAGUAAGAGUACAUCCAAGAGAGCAGAGAACAGUUUACAGCCAUGCAAAAAAACAAGAGCAGACCAGCAAACGCACUCCCCAGACUCCCAUGAGGAGCGUCUGUCGGCCAGUCUGGAUGCAGCGCUGAGCUGUGCUCUGCAGGGGCUACCCUCCUACACCAGCAAGAAGAGGCCACAGGGCCACACCCCCGCCCCACACACAGGUGAGGAUCAGUGUGCCCUUUGCUCUGUGUCUCUUACCCGCUAUCCAACCAGCCCUGCGGCCUAUGCUCUUCCAUGCAGGCAUCUCCUCUGCCGCCCGUGCCUCACCCGCAAAGCUCCACCAAAUGCAGGAGGACCCCAGAUUGUUUGCCCCACUUGCGGCUCUGCUGCCGCAGCUAGUGCCGUCACACGUGUGCACCACUGAUCACUGGUGACCGCUGCAUGAAAUGAACUACAGACAGACCAAGGCACACAGGCACAGGGUACUGGCAAAGUGUGUUGAAAUAAACAGCAUGAACUUUGGCAGUUUGACUGGCAGACAAUGGCAUCAGCUCUUCUCAGUUGUGCUUCUCAGGGACUUUAGGACAGUUGAGUCCUUUUUCAUCUGAUACACUGCAAGUCAUUAAAUGGCGUACCCCUGGUCAUGUGGCCCAGGGCUUUGGCUGGGUGCCUAGGCAAGUGGAAAUUGAAAAGCAAGAGAGAAAGCAGCAGAGUUGAGCGUGAAAGAGAUGAGGGGGAGUGUGUACCCAAGGCUGACUUGCUUGUGUGGAAAGAAAGCAUGGAAGAGGAUGAAGGGAGGUGCAGUCCUGGCCUCUGGAGGUUAGAACACAAUGUGUCACACUCUCCACCUCCACCUCCCAAAGGCUCAUUUGGAUACUUUUGGACGUGUGAGUGCUGAGCAACUCAAAGGACUUUCUGAUCCACUUCUUUCCUCUUUUAGUGUCUACUCACAACUAUACUCUCUCUCUCUCUCUCUCUCUCUCUCUCUCUCUCUCUCUCUCUCUCUCUCUCUCUCUCUCUCUCUCUCUCUCUCUCUCUCUCACUUAGUAGACACUACCAGAUGUGGUCACUACAUAGACCCUUUCACACUCCUGACCUUUGACCUGGCCACAGAUGUUAUGGUGUACUGUUUGUCAGGAAAUAAAUGGAAUAUA